CACAAUUUUAUUAUAGAUCGACUUAAUCAUAUGGAUGUUAUAUGUUAGUUUUGGUGUAUCGGAAGGAUUGUGUUCUUCGACGGGGUUAUGUAUAUUAAUAAGCUGUGAUGUCCAGAUCAACGAAGUAUUUACGUAUAAAAGAAGAAGGAAAUCCAGAUGAUGAUGAGAAGUUGCCAGUAUGGAGGAAGAUAUGUUUUGCUGUUGGCGGGGCCCCCUAUCAGAUAACGACCAAUGUUCUAGGUUUCUUUUUGAAUAUUUUCCUUUUGGAAGUUGCAGAACUAAAACCUCUAUCUAUAUCCAUGAUUAUACUGAUUGGGAAAGUUUGGGACGCGGUCACUGAUCCAGCUUGCGGAUAUUUUGUAACCAAGACAGAAACCAGAUUCGGUAAAAUGAAACCUUGGAUUAUUUUAUCGGCACCGUUUGCAUGUACGGCUUAUUUUUUCCUAUGGUAUGUUCCAGACUUUUCAGACGAUGGUAAAACUGUGUAUUACCUGUUAAUGUACUGCGCCUUUCAAGGUCUGUUAUCGGGUCUGCAUGUGCCAUACACAUCAAUGACUAUGUUUAUAACAAAUGAUCAAAAAGAAAGAGAUUCAGCUACAGCCUAUCGAAUGGUAUCUGAAGCUAUAGGGGUAUUACUAGCUAUAGUAGUGCAAGGAAGGUUAGUAGAAGCUACAAGAAAAGCAGGUGAUUGUGUAGAUGCUAAAACAACUGUUUCACCCCAAUCUCUGGUUGAACAGGAGCUUUCUUACCGCUAUGGUGCUUUAAUAUUUAUUGGUAUUUACAUGGCGUGUGCUGUUACAGUUUUCUUAGGUGUUAAAGAAAAGCCAGGCGUUGUUGAAGAUCAUGGUACAGAAGGCUAUUUCUCAAGUUUAAAAAUUGUCUUGACUUACAAACCUUAUGUUAAAGCUGGGUUAAUAUUUCUCUUUAUGUCUCUAGCUGUCGCUGUGGUUCAAGGGAAUUUAGCAUUAUACUGCACUCAUACAUUAAAAAUGGGUGAUCAAUUCUCUAAUUUUGUUCUAGUCUUAAUGAUUGUAGCUAUAGCAGCUAUACCUGUAUGGCAACUAGUUUUACAGAAAAUUGGUAAAAAGAAAACUUACGCUGCCGGAUUAAUAAUUUUUAUACCAAUUCUUAUAACUCAACUUUUUCUACCUAAAGAAGAACCAAUACCUUAUUAUUUUGUAGUUGCUUUCGCUGGUUUAAGUGUUUCUGUUUCUCUUUUAUUACCAUGGUCUUUACUACCAGAUGUGUUAGAUUUAUUCAUGUUAGAGAAAAAUACUAGAAAAGAUGCCAUGUUUUACUCAUUUUAUGUAUUUUUCAAUAAAUUAGCCGUAGGUUUGGGUUUAGCACUUUCAUUAUUAGCUUUGGAUUUAGGAGGAUAUGAAACUGGUGCAUGUACUCAGCCUAAGUCAGUAGAUUUAACAUUAAGAUUAUUAGUGGUGCCAGGACCUGUGAUAUUUGUUCUUAUAGCUUUAUUGAGCCUGUGGUCUUAUCCUAUAGAUGAAAAUAAAAGAAAAGCCAUAAAGCAAGAGGUAUUAUCUAGACUAUCGACCAAAGGAAAAAACGCGGAAGAUUUUGGAGGGAGCAUGAGUUAUGAAAGUAUAAAAGUUAGCUCAAGUACUGAGAUCUAAUAUUAGCUGUUAUCCAUCCACUAGUGCAAUUUAGAAUAUUAGUUGGGGAUCAUUUCGUAAUCAUGCUAUGUGCUAUUAUUCGACUCUUGCUGAACUUCAUUGCAGUAUAUAUGUUUUGUAAUAUUUAUAAUAUUUUACAUUCAUCCAAAAUGUAUGAUGCCCCAUUUGUUUUGUUACUUGUAUAAUAGUGUGUCCUGUUCAAUCAAAACGUAUUAUUAAAGGACAAUAUUGGUGUCAGUCAUUAUCACAUUAUUAUGUGAUAGAACUGGUUAAACACAUUCCAAA